AUGAUCAAAAGUUUUGCCCAGGAUAUCGCCAAAAUUGAGGUCGGAAAGGACUGGCCGUAUAGCUUCGUCCGACGUAACAGCGAUGAGCUCGGUUGCACUUGGUUCGACGGUUUUGAUAUCGCAAGAAAGAGAGCAGACAAUGCUUCUAGAUACAGAGCCUACUAUGAGCUUAUUGGCGAGAAAAUCGAGAAAUACGACAUCCUGCCUUGCAACACGUAUAAUGUGGACGAAAAGGGCUUUCUCCUCGGCGUCAUCAAUCGUACCAAGAGAGUAUUCUCUAGGGCCGAUACCGCCAAUUUGUAUGCACACAUUCUCUACGAUAAGUAG